GAAUCCACCGGAGAAUCCGCUCAGUUGCUCGCCAAUCGCCAGUCGCCGCGGUCAUCGGAUGGCGGUCUCAUCCUCGUACUUGAUGGCGGUAUUCGCCCAGGACAGCAAUAGCAGUGGCAGUGCCACCGGGAGCGGAUGCAGUGGCGCAGCCGCAGACUCCGAGGACUCACAGAUGGGCCUGGAAACCCUAGGGCACCAGGGUAGCCACGGGCAUCACGGGAGUCACAGGAGGCGGCCGCCGCGCCAGAAGAUCAACGCUAGGGAGCGCUACAGGACAUUCAAUGUAAAUUCCGCUUACGAAGCUUUGAGAAACUUAAUACCCACGGAACCCAUGAAUCGCAAGCUGUCAAAAAUCGAGAUCAUUCGCCUGGCUAGCAGCUAUAUAACGCAUCUCAGUAGCACCCUGGAAACAGGAACUGAAUGCCAGCCAUGUUUGCUACACAAAUACGAGAACGAAGGCAUCGCCAGGCGAAUCAGCAUUUGCACCUUCUGCCUAAAAACCAAAUGAAAUUGUUGAUAUCCGAACUAUUUAUUAAUAAGUGUACAUUUUUUUGUCGUAUCUACUGCAUUUAAAGUCCUUUUUGAAAACCACCUUUGAAUUGCGCGCCCAGCAUCAGCGCCAUCUAUGGAAAUUUCCUGCAACGAGAUGUAAACUGCUUGCAAAAACUGAACUGCUUUCCUACAUUUUUAGUACACCUGUGUCAUCUCGAUCUCUUAAUAUUUAUUAAAAUUUAAAUAGUAUAAGCAAAAUUAAUUUUAGAAAACCUGAAGAAGAAACGUACAACUCUUUGGUUCGAUACUUUAAAAGGGAAAUGACAAAAUAAAAUACUUUUCUAAUUGCCACCAAAGUGUCGCCCUCUGCUCGGCUGUUUUACGCAACGCAACAAUAACCUGUCACCACUGUUAAAAAUAUCUAAACGUAAGGCAAUGUGAGCUAAAACAAAUGCAACGCGUACAAACAAGAAGGUAUCAAUUAAAAUAAACAUUGAAAUAAACAUUUUAA